CUUCUAUCCAAUGUCUAAUAAUAAAAAACCUUCUGAAGCUGAACUUCAACAACAAUAUAAUCAAUAUAAAAAUGAACUUCAAUCUAUGGCACAAAAGAUUGGUGAACUUGAAUCUGAAGUAGAAGAACACAAACUAGUGAUUGAUAGUAUAUCUCCUUUGGAACCUGAACGAAAAUGUUUUCGUAUGGUGGGUGGCGUGUUAGUAGAACGGACUGUCAAAGAAGUAUUACCAGCGCUUGAAACUAACUUUAAUGGGAUCCAACAAGUCAUUAAAUCCCUACUACAAUCUUAUCAACGAAAAGAAAAGGACUUUGUUGAAUUCCAAAAGAAACAUAACAUCAAGGUUGUAUCAAGACAAUGAUGGUUGGAUAUAGGGAAAACUUGGAAUGGAAUUAUCAAUGUACAUUAUUAUCGUAGUGGUUUUUUUUUUUAGUGUUACUUUUAUUUUAUUUUUUAAAUGAAAAUAAACUGAAUUUUGUAGUUAAAUAUGAUCAUUUAACUACAAACUUCUUCUUACAGGUCAUCUCACCAUA